GUGAUAAACAUCCUCAUGACAGGCUUCAUUCAGCAGUUGAUUCUCAUUCAAGCUCACGCUCGAUCAUGCACACACACAGUCUGCUAUAUAUAAUCUUUUGUACUCUCGGAGUCUCGGCUGAGUUUUAUGUUAUAGAUGAUCGCAUCGGAUUAGGGAGGGAAUUUGAUGGAAUUGGUGGAUUGAGCGGAGGAGGGGCCACUUCACGUCUUCUUGUAAACUAUGAAGAACCGUAUCGCAGUCAAAUACUUGACUUCUUGUUCAAGCCCAAUUUUGGAGCUUCAUUGCACAUCCUAAAGGUAGAAAUUGGAGGUGAUGCACAAACCACAGAUGGCACAGAACCCUCUCACAUGCACAGUAAAGAUGAUGUGGAUUUUUACCGUGGAUAUGAAUGGUGGCUCAUGAAAGAAGCCAAGAAGAGAAAUCCAUAUAUCAAACUGAUUGGUCUGCCCUGGGCAUUUCCAGGAUGGGUUGGUCAGCAGACUCAAUGGCCUUACUUUUUCCCAAAUAUUACUGCUAACUAUGUUGUUUCCUGGAUUAUUGGGGCAAAGCAGCAUCAUAACUUGGAUAUCGAUUAUGUUGGGAUAUGGAAUGAAAAGGAAUAUGAUGCUACAUACAUUAAGGUGCUGCGAGACACUUUGGAUCAAAACGGUUUGACUGAUGUUGGAAUUAUUGCUGCAGAUGGGGACUGGGGUAUUUCUAAAGCCAUGGCCCAGGAUCCGUAUCUAAAUGAUGCCAUUGAGGUGAUCGGUGUGCACUACCCAGGCACCAACACUGUUAAAGAAGCGCUGUGGACAGAGAAGAAGCUUUGGUCCUCUGAAGAUUACAGCACGUUCAAUGACGACAUUGGUGCUGGAUGCUGGGCGCGAAUUCUAAACCAGAAUUACCUGAACGGCAGAAUGACUUCGACUAUAUCCUGGAAUCUAAUAGCAAGUUACUAUGAGGAUCUGUCCUUUGGUGGAGAUGGGCUGAUGACAGCAGAGCAGCCCUGGAGUGGACAUUAUGUAGUGGAAUCUCCCAUAUGGAUUACUGCACACACAACUCAGUUUGCGCAGCCAGGCUGGUUUUAUCUGCAAACUGUGGGGAAUCUCACACAAGGAGGAAGUUAUGUGGCCUUAACAGACCGCAGAGGGAAUCUUACCAUUGUCAUCGAAACCAUGACACACGAUCACUCUCAGUGCAUUCGACCUCCUCUACCACAAUUUGACGUCUCCCCUCAGACAGUCACAUUUCAGCUCAAAGGAUCUUUUGCACAUGUCACUGAACUUCAAGUGUGGUACUCAAAAUUGGAUUUUGAGACCAAAAACGCUACACUUUUUCAACAGAGAGGUCCUGUUAAGGUUUAUAAUGGUUUCUUCACCUUAAAACUAGAUGUUGAUGAAGUUUACACAAUCACAACAGUCAUUACAGGAAACCGAGGCUUUUACAAAGAGCCCCCGAAAUCUUCUCCAUUUCCAAAGAAUUAUUCAGAUGAUUUUAAAAUUGAUAACCCUCCAUUCUCGGAAGCCCCAUAUUUUGCUGAUCAAACUGGCGUGUUUGAGUACUUCAGAAAUGUCACAGAUAAAGGCCUGCAUGCCUUUACCUUGCGGCAGGUGAUCACUGAACAGCCAGUCACAUGGGCAAGAGAUGCAGACCAGACCAUCAGCAUCAUUGGAGACUACAAUUGGACAGACCUCAAUGUGUCCUGUGAUGUCCUCAUUGAAACUCCCAACACUGGAGGUGUGUUCCUGGCAGCAAGGGUUGAUCAAGGAGGGGAAUCCGUCAGACAAGCCAAGGGUGUCUUUUAUUGGCUUUAUUCAAACGGAACAUUUAAAGUGACAAAUGACAUAAGUGGACAUAGAGUUCUUGCUGAAGGGCUGUCAGGAACAAAGGCAGGCAUUUGGUAUACAUUAACCCUUAGUGUCAAGGGUUAUUUUGCCUCUGGGAUGCUGAACGGAUACCCGCUGUGGAAGAACGCUGUUGUUUUGGAACCCAAGAGGGGCUGGGCUGCACUCGGAACUUACUCUUUUGAAUAUGCACAGUUUGAUAAUUUUAAUGUGAAUGCGGAUUGAUUUCUGUUCAAUUUGAUUCCUCAUGUCCAUGUUUACAUGAUUACUACAUACUUUUAUGGAUUGCGUGCACACCCUAUAUAUGCAAAAAUAUACCAUGGUAACUAUAUUUGAAUAGUAUAUACGUAUAAAUAUAUACACAGUAUAUAUAACACCAAUUUACCAGUUUUAUUUGAACAUAAUAAAUAGCAACGUUGGUGUUUGGCUGUAAAUGUACUGUGCAUCCGGAAAGUUUUCACAGCGCUUAACUCUUUCCACAUUUUAUGUUAUGUUACAGCCUUAUUCCAAAAUGGAUUAAAUUAAUUAUUUUCCUCAAAAUCUUACAAUACCCCAUAAUGACAACGUGAAAGUAGUUUGUUUGAAAUCAUUGCAAAUUUAUUAAAAAUAAAAAACAAAUCAUAUGUACAUAAGUAUUCACAGCCUUUGCUCAAUACUUUUUUGAAGCACCUUUGGCACCAAUUACAGCCUCAAGUCUUUUUGAGUAUGAAUCUCAAGCUCCAUCAGGUUGGAUGGGGAGCGUCAGUGCACAGCCAUUUUCAAAUCUCUGCAGAGAUGUUCAAUCGGGUUCAAGACUGGGCUCUGGCUGGGCCACUCAAGGACAUCAAGUUGUCCCGUAGCCACUCCUUUGUUAUCUUUUCUGUGUGCUUAGGGUCGUUGUCCUGCUCGAAGAUGAACCUUCACCCCAGUCUGAGGUCCAGAGUGAUCUGGAGCAGGUUUUCAUGAAGGAUGUCUCUGUACAUUGCUGCGUUCAUCUUUCCCUCGAUCCUGACUAGUCUCCCAGUUCCUGCCGCUGAAAAAUAUCCCCAGAGCAUGAUGCUGCCACCACCAUGCUUCACUGUAGGUAUUGGCUAGGUGAUGAUCGGUCCCUGGAUUCCUCCAGACAUGACGCUUGCCAUUCAGGCCAAAGAGUUCAAUCUAUGUUUCAUCAGCCCAGAUAAUUUUGUUUCUCAUGGUCUGAGUCCUUUAGGUGCCUUUUGGCAAACUCCAGACGGGCUGUCAUGUGCCUUUUACUGAGGAGUGGCCUGAUUGGUGGAGUGCUGCAGAGAUGGUUGUUCUUCUGGAAGCUUCUCUUCUUUCCACAGAGAAACGCUGGAGCUCUGUCAGAGUGGCCAUCGGGUUCUUGGUCACCUCUCUGACCACCGAUAUCUCAGUUUGGCCGGGCAGCCAGCUCUAGAAAGAGUCCUGGUGGUUCCAAACUUCCAUUUAUGGAUGAUGGAGGCCACUGUGCUCAUUUGGACCUUCAAUGCUGCAGAAAGUUUUCUGUACUCUUCCCCAGAUCUGUGCCUCGAUACAAUCCUGUCUCUGAGGUCUACAGACAAUUCCUUGCUCUGACAUGCACUGUUAACUGUGGGACCUUAUAUAGACAGGUAUGUCCCUUUCCAAAUCAUGUCCAAUCAACUGAAUUUACCACAUGUGGACUAAAAUUAAUUUGUAGAAACAUCUCAAGGAUGAUCAGGGGAAACGGGAUGAGUUCAAUUUGGAGUGUCAUGGCAAAGGCUGUGAAUACUUAUGUAAAACUCCAUUUUUUUUUUUCAUGUUUUUAUUUUUUUUAUACAUUUGCAAUGAUUUCAAACAAACUUCUUUCACGUUGUCAUUAUGGGGUGUUGUUUGUAGAAUUUUUAUGAAAAUAAUGAAUUUAAUCCAUUUCGGAAUAUUUUGGAAUAUUGCUGUAGCAUAACAAAAUGUGGAAAAAGUGAAGCGCUGUGAAUACUUUACAGAUGCACUGUAAUUACCAUGGUGAUUUUUGUAAGGGUACACAUACAGGUGUCCUAAUGUGUUUUGUUUAAUGCCAAAAUCAGUUGACCUCAUUUUAUUUCACACAUAUAUAUUUAACAGGAGUGAUUGAAUUUCUUUAAAAAUGUGCAAUGUGAAUGUCAUGUGUUAAUCUCAUGGAAAGGGACGCUUUGUAAAAAAUAAAAAUAAAUCACUAGAUUAUAAUACAUUGUAGACAGGGUUGGGUAGUAACUGAAUACAUGUAAUGGGAUUACGUAUUUCAAAUAUAAAAUAUUAGUAACUGUAUUCCACUACAGUUUAAAUAAUUGUAAUUAGAAAA